AUGGCUGGAAAGCAAAUUGGCAAGUUUCGCCAAUGGGCUGGAGAGAAGCUCGGAAGCGCGACGAACAAGGGUGCCCUCACUGAAGAUUUCAAAGAAUUGGAGCUCGAUGUCACUUUGCGAAGCGCAGGUGUUGAAAGACUUUCCACCGUAUCUCAAGCAUAUAUCAAGGCGCUUACCAAGAAACUUGAUAUUGACAUCGACUCAACAAGUGGGAAGACUCUUCCUGCUGAGGCGCUCGGCCUCGUGAUGAUUGGUCAUGGAGACGAGUUCGGCGAAGAAUCUGUGUAUGGCCAGAGCCUGGUCAAAUUCGGCCGUGCUCACUGCAAGAUUGCAAACAUUCAGGAAGAAUUUGCAAACACGUUUACAUCAACUUAUGUGCAUAGCUUAGAAGAACAAAUCGGAUCUAUUAAAGAGUAUCAGGCUCAACGCAAGAAACUAGAUUCGAGAAGGUUGGCUCUAGACGCUUCGUUAGCUAAAGCUAGCAAGGUUAGGAAGGAAAAAGAUAAAGCUGAAGCUGAACUAGAAGUCGAGGUGGCUCGGAAGCGAUAUGAUGAAAUCUCAGAAGAGGUUCAGGAGCGUAUGGUAUCGAUCCAGCAGCAUGAAAAGAAGCAACUGGCAGAUUUGAUGGACCUCUUAAAGCUGGAAAUGGAGUAUAUUGCAGAUCAUCACAAAACUUUGCUGGAUCUGCAGGCAGAAUGGCCCGAUAUCAACAUGGUUUCACAGGCCCCCACUCGUCGUCCACAAGGGGGUCCCCAUACGUUCACAGACCUUAAACCCAAGCGGCAAGCUAGGCGCUCUAUUCAUCGCAGUCCAUCGUCCUCUCCGGUCAGCUACCCCUCUAAUGACACUCCUCAUCGACACCCCCUCGCGGAAGAUCGAUUCGGUUCCCAGCGUGACCGCGCUCAGUCUGUGCCGUCAAGCCUUACACGUAACCGCAGUGACAGCACAGCUACGAGCAGUGGGUACGCUAACGGUCCAUCAGCCAAAAUAUCCAGUUGGAUGGGGAGCAUGACCAGCCGCAGCCGGGGGAAUAGUUUGAGCAAGAAGAAUUUCCAGGAACUAAUGGAUGAUGAGCUGGAGCGUCCUAAAAUGCCUCGUUCGCGCCCAGGUUCCAUUCGCACCCGUAAACCGCCCCCGCCGCCACCUGAUUCUGGCAUCGACAGGCGUUCAUCAUCGAGCUCUUCGAGAAACCGUGGUCCUUAUCGUCUUGUCCAGGUCCGUGCGCUGUAUGACUUCUUUAGCUCUGCAAAGGGGGAGCUUGAGUUUCAUAAGGGUGACAUCAUCACCUUGAUCGAUCCUUCGCUCACCAGUGAGAAACUUAUGGAUGAAAGUCAUAAUGAUUGGGUGGACGGUGAGCUCAAUGGGGUCACUGGCUUGAUACCCCUCAGCUAUACGGAGGUUGUCAAGGAUGAUCAUGGUUCCCAGGACACACGUCCAUCGCUCGACCGUUUCCAUACGAAGAGUACUAUCAAAGCUAAUCGAUCGAAAAACGUAUUUUCUGAUUCUGAGGACGGUGGGAACUUAACUCAAAGUGCAUUGAGCGAUGAAGACGAAAAAUCUGCGCUCCGACCCAAUGCAUAUGUCCAAUCAUCGUAUUUUCUGCCAAACCCUGACUCUAAAAAUCAUUUGAAUCGCCGAAGUACCAGUUCCCCCGAGCUUGUGCUUAGUCCUCGCGAUCACUCCUCGUUCGCAGAUAUUUCAUACCCAUCAUCCCCUGUUGAUUCGCACCUCCAAUACCACCAACAGCUCCUUAUUCAACAGUUCCAGCAUUCUAGUAGAAACCGUUCCGGACUUAAUAAGUACACUACAGCACCUCAUAUUUACAGCUCCGCAGACGAAGGCGAUACUCCGUCUAUACAUCACCAAGAGUUUGACGUCCGAGACAACCAAGAUGCACUCCUUCGUGCCCCUCAGCGUCGACUCUCUGACCUUCCGCCUCUGGAUCUCAAUACUCUUUCUUUGAAUAGGGCAAAUGGCGCACAGGAACGCCCUGCGCUGGCCCUUCGCGUGAAUACCUCUUACCGAAAACCACCUCCGCCUCCGCCACCUCCGUUCCGGCCCCGAGCGCCGACUCGUGCUCAGACUGUGGCGGCAUUGGGCCCUCCCCCUGUUCCACCUCCACUCGGGCCUCAGCAGGUUCAAGCCGGAAUCGACACAAGUGGGUCCCCCUUUGGCAAUUGA